GUGUUCUAGACAUUGCCUGAACUAAAUUAAUGUAACUUUAGCUUGAGCGUUUGUUUCGUAAUUGGUUUGUGGCUACAAAUGAGCUUCUUGUUUUUGAAUUGAAUCUCAGCCAUUUUGUGGGUGGCUGUUGUUGUUGUGUUUAGGGUCCUGAAGUAUUGGCGGCGAGCAGUUACGGUAGAGGAGGAGGGGAAUUUCCGGCGUGUAUUCUGACUCAUAAAUAUUGACCGGAAUUUCAAUAUGGCCUCCGUGACUGCUCCGUCCCCGGAAUCUCAAUCACCGCCUCCUCUAUCCGACUCUAAACAAUCUUCAUCUCCAUCGUCAUCGCCUUCUAAAAAUUCAACAUCACCUCCACCAACAAAAUCACCACCACCAUCGUCACCACCACCGUCAUCACCGCCACCCGCUUCUCCUCCUCCACCAACUGCAAAAUCCCCUCCCCCUAAACCUUCUCCUUCCCCACCACCACCUGAAAAAACCGAAUCCCCGCCGCCAACUACAUCGCCAUCACCACCUGCACCAAAUGGCUCACCGCCACACUCACCACCACGACCACCGUCAUUAGUACUAUCACCGCCUCCUCCUACUACUGUUGCUUCCCCACCACCGCCUUCUACAACAAAUUUCACCAAUCCAGGCUCACCCAGCUUGGCUUUGCCACCUCCUCCGUCACUUGUACCAAUACCGCCAUCUUCUAUCUCAGUGCCUCCACCUCCACACACGUCGAGCAAGUCACCGCCUUCAUCCUCUAGUCACCACCACUCACCAACAUCAUCAUCGCCACCACCAUCAUCAUCAUCAUCGUCAUCAUAUACAGGAAUUAUUGUAGGAGCAGCCGUGGGUGGUGGCAUUGUGGUUCUUGCUAUGAUCAUCAUUUGUUUGGUAUGUUUCUUGAAGAAAAAGAAUAAGAAGCAGUACUAUAUGGAUCCUAUUCCUCCCCGUGGACCUCAAGGUGCUAAUCCACAACCCUUGACCUCUUUUUAUGAUUGCAUUUAA